AUGCUAACCAGCGCAGCCACCAUCAAGCCAGUUAUCCAGACAAGGACGGAGGAGAUCCUGACCCGAGAAAUCGGCGCCCCCGAGCACUGGAAAAGACUGAACGUGAAAGUGGUCUCCGCGGCGAUUGGGAAGCACGUAUCGGGAGGAGUGCUAUUUGGAGAAGCCUUGGCUGAUAACCCGGCGUUCCUGAGAGCAAUGUACUCGUAUGUGUCGAAGAUCUCUGCUGGAUCAUUGGCAGUCCGAUACUUCAACGUGGGCUCAUUCAGGAACAUCUUCAUGUACCUGCUCCACUGGACCUAUCGGCACGACCUCGCAACCGCCACACGGUACAUAACCGAGUUAAUGGCCGAGAGAAGACGACAGAACCUUCCCGAGGACGAGAAGCCAGUGGACUGCAUCCAGUGGGCCAUGGAUCAAAACCUACCAAAUGACCAGAAGAAGCCAGAGGACAUUGCCCAUAGGAUACUCCAUGUGUCUGCUGCAGGCGUCGAGACGCCUAUUACUUCAACAAUGAACCUACUGUUUGAUAUUGCCUCGCAUAGCGAGUGCAUUGAUGAGCUCCGCGCUGAGAUCAUUGUAUGCCUUGCAGAAGAGGGAGGCCGUUGGACACAGAAUGCAAUGGCGAAGAUGCUCAAGCUUGAGUCCUUCAUCCAAGAGUCCUUCAGGAUGAAUCCGGUGCCACUGGAAUUGACCGGCUGGCGUGUAGUAAUCGCGGAUAGCUUUCGCUUUGAUGAAUCUCUUGUUUUCCCAAAAGGCACUCUCCUAACAUUUCCGUCGAAAUUCUUCCAGAACGACCCAGACGUGCACCCCGACGCCGAUAAGUUCGACCAUCUCCGAUUCUACAAAUACAGAAAGCAGGAAACGGGACUAAAUGGCGCGCCAGCGUCAAGCAGCAGGGAUCUCCGCACUGAAUGGCUUGGGUUUGGCUACGGCCGGCAGGCAUGUCCAGGACGGAUCUACUCAAUAGCAAUGCUCAAGACAAUCAUUGGAGAGAUAAUCCUUCGCUACGACGUUCGGUACGCCGGGGGACCGAGACCGCGCCCAUCUUCAAUUGAUGUAAAUCCUGCUGUCUGGCCAGAUCCUUCGAUUGAUUUGGAGUUUAGGACGCGUGGAUAG